AUGGAGAUCAACACUGCCAGGCUGCUUUUGAUGCUCAUCGUCCUCUCCUGCCUGGCUGUCUACCUCCACGGGAAGGGCCCGCAGAAGAGGGGGUGUUUGCCCCCAGGCCCGCGCCCGCUGCCCCUGCUGGGGAACUUACUGCAGCUCGAUACCAAGGACAUGGUCAAGUCUCUUCUCACACUGAGCGAAUGCUACAGGCCCGUCUAUACCCUCAACCUGGGCCCCCAGCCCUCCGUGGUGCUGUGUGGCUACCAGGCGGUGAAGGAGGCCCUGGUGGACCAGGCCGAGGAGUUUAGCGGGUGUGGAGAUCUGCUGGUCUUCCGCUUCACCCAAGGAAAUGGCGUCGCCCUGAGCAACGGGCAGAAGUGGAAAGUCCUGCGGAGAUUCGCCCUGCGGACGCUGCGGAACUUCGGCAUGGGGAAGCGGAGCCAGGAGGAGGCGCGGUGCCUGGGGCAGGAGCUCGCCCAAACGCAGUCCGCGCCCUUCGACCCCACCUUCCUCGUCAGCCGGGCCGUCUCCAGCAUCAUCUGCUCCAUCGUCUUUGGGGACCGCUUCGACUACCAGGACGGGAGCUUUCUCACCUUGGUCGGCCUCAUCAACCAGAACUUCCAGUUGCUCAGCUCCCCGUGGGGCCAGAUGUACAACCUCUUCCCCGGCCCCAUGUCCUAUCUGCGGGGCCCUCACAACAAGAUCUUCGAGAACUUCGAGCAGCUGCGGCUCUUCAUGCUGGAGCGGGUGAAGAUGCACCAGGAAUCCUUUGACCCCAACUGCCCCCAUGACUUCAUCGACUGCUUCCUCCUCAAGAUGGAGCAGGAAAACCAGGACCCACUGAGCUACUUCCAUAUGGAGACCCUGGCGAUGACCACACACAACCUGUUCUUCGGGGGUACAGAGACCGUCAGCACCACCCUGCACUACGGUUUCCUCCUCCUCAUGAAGUACCCGGAGACACAGGCCAAAGUCCACGCUGAGAUUGACCAGGUGAUCGGGCGGCACCGCAGCCCAUCGGUAGACGACCGGGCGCGCAUGCCCUACACUGACGCCAUGAUCCACGAGGUGCAGCGCUUCGACGACGUGAUCCCCAUGGGGCUCCUGCACAUGGUGACCCGGGACACCCGGUUCAGGGGUUUCCUGCUGCCAGAGGGCACCACCGUCAUCCCCUUGCUGAGCUCAGUCCUCCGGGAUACAAGUCAGUUCAAAAACGCGGAUGUCUUUGACCCUGGGCAUUUCCUGGAUGGGAGCGGGCACUUCCAGAAGAGGAAUGCCUUCAUGCCAUUCUCUGCAGGCAAGCGGGUGUGCGUGGGCGAGAGCCUGGCACGCAUGGAAGUCUUCCUCUUCCUCACCGCCAUCCUACAGCGCUACACCUUGCAGCCGCUCGGCGACCCGGGUGCCCUCGACACCAGCCCUGUGGAGAGCGGGCUGGGGAAUAUCCCCCACCUCUACGAACUCAGGCUGCUCCCGCGCUAGAGUGCGCCCCGCGUCAAAAGCCCCCCAUAAGCUGAGGACCAUGUGCGGUGCAGUCACCCCUACUUCAGAGA